AUGAGUCUUUUUCAGAAGGGACUCAGUGCCCAGGUCUCAGCCUUCGUGACCCGACGCCGACCGACGACCCCCUCUGUCAGCCGAUCACCGCUCCGUCGAGUCCGACAUCCUCGUCGCAACCAAUCCUCCGAAGCCUCAAAGCCCGAACCACAGUCGCAGAAGAAAGCGGUGGAAGAUGGGCCAUCUGGGGAAGCAACUGCAUCUUCUCCGGCCCCCGCGCCCCAGCCAACCCCGGCGGGUGUGGCCGCGGGCGCCGCCACAACAGUUGUACAGCGCCGCGGGUUCGGCGACCUUGUAAAAGCAACUCCCUUGGGCACAUUCGGCCGAUGGUACGCUCGGGCGCAGCAGGCUCGGCCAUAUACCACACAGCUCUGCAGCUCUGUCAUAAUUUAUCUGUUCGGGGACCUGAGCGCGCAAAUGUUCUUCCCGCCAGAGAUCCCAGUGCCGGCUGAAGAGGGCCAACAACUGGAACCGGGACAGCCACAGGAGUAUAUGGAAGGUUCAUAUGAUCCAUGGCGGACUCUUCGACAUCUGUGCGUGGGUGCUACCUCCAGCAUCCCGUCGUAUAAAUGGUUCAUGUUCCUCCAUAAUAACUUCAACUUCUCAUCCAAAGCCCUCUCGGUGUUGACCAAGGUCGUUGUGCAGCAGAUCUGCUUCACCCCGGUCUUCAACACCUACUUCUUCGGCCUCCACUCGCUCCUCGGAGGUGCUACUUUAGAGGAGACUGUCGAGCGGGUCAAGAGGGCUCUUCCGGUGAGUAUCCAGAAUAGUAUCAAGCUCUGGCCUGCAGUUACAGCCUUUAGCUUCAUGUACGUGCCGCCCGAAUUUCGGAAUGUCUUCUCUGGCGUCAUUGCUGUUGGCUGGCAAACGUACUUGAGCUGGCUAAACCAGACGGCUGCUCGCCAAGUUAGAGAGGCCGAAGCCGCGGCCGCGGCGCAAUUGGGAGGGGCGUCUGUGUCUGGGGCUUUGAUUCCUGCGAGCGCUGCGUGA